AUGAUCUUGGAACAAGAUCGUCAAUCUCUGGAAACGCCUGUCACUGAACACAAUCUAUCCAGACAAGCAUCACCAGAUGUGGUCCAACAAAUCUUGGACAUCAUCCAAGGGUAUAGCCAGAACGAAUCAAACGCAACUGGAGAUGCCUGGCUCGGCCGCAAAGGUGCCGAGUCCCAAGUUCGCACAUUCGUGGACGCUAGCCUUCCCGUAGACUUUUGCAUUCCCGCGUUUCCAUGGAAAUCGGUGAAUAGGGUCGACAAAGUACUAGGGUCCUUGCCGGAUCUGGGCGAGGAGCUCGCUCUGGGACGUCUUCAGAGUCUCUGCGAGGAUAUACAGGAUGUCUACCGGCCGGGCGCCUUCGUGACCGUCACCUCGGACGGGCUGGUCUAUAACGAUGCAUUUGGUGUUCCGGAUGAGGAGGUCUAUAUUUAUGGCAGUGCGCUCCGACAAAUGGCCACUGCGAAAGGUUUCGACCGCCUAAAGUUCAUGCGUAUGAUGAAUCUUUUAGGUCUGUAUGAGUCGCCAGAUAUGACGAAAGAGGAGUACCUCGCGACCGUCAGCAUGUCGCGCAAGCUGCUUCAGGAGAAGUACGGAGAUCCAAAAUUCGAUGCGCGUGAUGCCAUUUUGAAUGAUGCAGACAUCAAUCUCACCUAUCGCGGGUACAGUAUGUUCCUCGAGAAGGAUCUUCGGCACAGCUCUGUUACGGCUGGAGCGACAAGCAAUAGGGAUUAUAAACGAGCCGUGAAGCGCGUCGCUGCAGAAAUCAUUACGCGCGGCAAAGCUUACGCCGCAGUCGUCAAAACAGCCCUUCCCCACUACGUUCGUCUCUCCAUCCACCGUUCUAUCGGCCUCCAGAAGACAUCCUUUCCGCUGGUAACUCAGCCCGAUCACUUCUCGAUGACUCCCUGGCAUUGUUGCAUCGCCGUCACGCACAAGGGCGAAUUCAAAACUGCGCAUGCUGUGAGCUUACGUGAAGAAUACGACUUGAUAUCCCAUAAAGGGCAGCCAUACUACUUCCGCGAUCGGGACGAGGUCUGGAAUUGGAAUGUUCCAGUGGAGUUCGGGUUCUUCUAUCCGAGAGGCGUGUGUGUAAAAGCUGUAUCGAGCGAAGGAGAGGUUUUGCCGAGACUUGGGGCCAAGGAGAUGGAGAAGGUCAAGAAGCUGAGGAAGGGAUUUCAAACGGUGAUUGUACUAGGAUUCGCUUGA